CCGGGCUCUCCGGGGGCCGGCGCUUGGUGGGCUCGUCCUUGUUCCCCGCCGUGUUUUGCCGAGUCAAGGGUAUCUCUUCGGAGCUGGGCGAGCCGCUGGCGGCGGUGAUGUGAUUGCAUAGCAACACAGCAGCCGGGGCGGUGGAGGAGGAGAGGCAGCGGUGCUGAGGCUCAGCAUGCAUCCCUGUCACAGGGAUCCUCUGCUGAUUCACACAGCCCCGCUGCCCCCGCGCCUCGGACCCGGCCGACUCGGAAGGUGCUCCAUCCCCAUGACCAUCAGCUCUGAUGCAGCCCCUGGUGAUGCAGGAAUGGCUCCAUGUCCUCCCUCCAUGUCCUGAGUGGCGCCCGCCGGCCCCGGCGCAGCGCAGCGCUGCCCGCCCGCUCUCCCAGGUUGAAGCCUCACAGGAUGGUGCAGGACCUUCGAGUGUAACCCCUCGGGCUCCAAGCAGUGCUGCCGGGCCCCAGGCCCCUCUGGAGAUGAAUCUUUGCUGGAACGAGAUAAAAAAAAAAUCCCACAGCCUUCGGGCUCGGCUGGAGGCCUUCUCUGACCACAGUGGGAAGCUGCAGGUGCCUCUCCAGGAGAUCAUUGACUGGCUGGGGCAGAAGGAUGAGGAGCUGUCGGCGCAGCUGCCCCUGCGGGGCGAUGUCCUGCUGGUGCAGCAGGAGAAGGAGACACACGCGGCUUUCAUGGAAGAAGUGAAGUCUCGGGGGCCAUACAUUUACUCUGUCCUGGAGUCAGCACAGGCUUUCCUUUCCCAGCACCCGUUUGAGGAGUUAGAAGAACCAACUUUGGAAAGCAAAGAUGUGUCUCCGCGGCACCGGAUCCAGAACAUCAGCCGCUUUGUGUGGAAGCAGGCCAACGUGGCCAGCGAGCUGUGGGAGAAGCUCACGGCGCGCUGCGUGGACCAGCACCGCCACAUUGAACGCACCCUGGAGCAGCUGCUGGAGAUUAAAGGGGCCAUGGAAGAGCUCAGCACGACCCUGGACCAGGCUGAGAGCGUGCGGGACACCUGGGAACCCAUCGGGGACCUCUUCAUUGACUCCUUGCCGGAGCACAUCCAGUCCACCAAGAAACAGCAGCAGCUUAGAGGAGCAUUUGGUGUUGAUCUGACACGUGUUUCUCUCCUUGCAGCCUCUGUCCAGGUCCCCUGGGAGCGAGCCAUUUCCCCCAACAAAGUGCCAUACUACAUCAACCACCAGGCCCAGACGACGUGCUGGGACCACCCAAAGAUGACAGAGUUGUACCAGACGCUGGCGGAUUUGAACAACAUCAAGUUCUCGGCGUACCGGACGGCCAUGAAGCUGCGGCGGGUGCAAAAAGCCCUUCGAUUGGACAUGGUCACCUUGGGCACGGCUUUGGAAAUCUUCAAUGAGCACGACCUGCAGCCCGGCGACCGGGCGAUGGACGUGGUGGAGGUGAUCCACUGCCUGACCGCCCUCUACGAGCGGCUGGAGGAGGAGCGGGGCAUCCUGGUCAAUGUGCCCCUCUGCGUGGACAUGAGCCUCAACUGGCUGCUGAACGUCUUUGACAGUGGCCGCAGCGGGAAGAUGAGGGCUCUCUCCUUCAAGACGGGCAUCGCGUGUCUGUGCGGGACAGAGGUCAAGGAGAAGUUCCAGUAUCUCUUCAGCCAAGUGGCCAACGCCGGGGGCCUGUGUGACCAGCGGCACCUGGGUGUCCUACUCCAUGAGGCCAUCCAGGUCCCUCGCCAGCUGGGGGAGGUGGCAGCGUUUGGGGGCAGCAAUGUGGAGCCCAGCAUCCGCAGCUGCUUCCGCUUUAGUAAUGGGAAGUCUGCCAUUGAGGCGUCCCAGUUCCUGGAGUGGGCCAACCUGGAGCCGCAGUCCAUGGUGUGGCUGGCGGUGCUGCACCGGGUGACCAUGGCCGAGCAGGUGAAGCACCAGACCAAGUGCUCCGUGUGCCGGCAGUGCCCCAUCAAGGGCUUCAGGUAUCGGAGCCUGAAGCAGUUCAAUGUGGAUAUCUGCCAGACCUGCUUCCUCACGGGGCGAGCCAGCAAGGGCAACAAGCUGCACUACCCCAUCAUGGAGUACUACACCCCGACCACAUCCAGUGAGAACAUGAGAGACUUUGCCACGACACUGAAGAACAAGUUCCGGUCCAAGCAGUACUUCAGCAAGCACCCACAGAGAGGUUACCUGCCCGUCCAGUCCGUGCUCGAGGCUGACUUCUCUGAGACCCCAGCCUCGUCCCCGAUGUUACCACACGCUGACACACACUCCAGGAUCGAGCACUUUGCCAGCAGGCUUGCAGAGAUGGAAAGCCAGAACUGUUCCUUCUUCAGUGAUAGCCUGUCCCCUGAUGACAGCCUGGAUGAGGACCAGUACCUGCUGCGCCAUUCCAGCCCCAUCACGGACAGAGAGCCUGGGGGCAGCCAGCAGGGUCCAGGAGGCCUCAACAUGGAUGACAAGGGAGAGCUGGAGAGAGUCCUGGCCCACUUAGAGGAUGAAAACAGGAUCCUCCAGGGAGAGCUGAGACGUUUGAAAUGGCAGCAUGACGAGGCAGUGGAGUCUCCAAGCUUGGCCACAGGCUCUCCUGAAUCAGUGCAAGACCCACGUAACGAGGAGCUGCUGGCAGAAGCACGGAUCCUCCGGCAGCACAAGAGCCGCCUGGAGACACGGAUGCAGAUCCUGGAGGACCACAACAAGCAGCUGGAGUCACAGCUGCACAGGCUGAGGGAGCUGCUGCUGCAGCCUCCAGCAGAGUCAGAAGGCAAUGGUUCAGCAGCCUCCUCCUUGGCUUCAUCUCCACAUCAGUCAGAAGGCAGCCAGGCAAAGGAGAAAGAGCACAACACCCCUGACACUGAAACUGCAGAUGAGGUGGAAGCCAAAACCCAGGAAGUCAGCAUGUGCCUGGAAGACAUAAUGGAGAAGCUGCGGAGCGCCUUCCCCAGCUCCCGAGUGCUGCUGGGACGGGUGUGUGGCCUGGGAGCUGAGGAGGAGGAGGAGGCUUCACACCUGCAAGGAGAGGCCAUCAGAGCUGCCAAGAGCACAGACCAAACAGAUCCCUGUGAUGAGUUGCAAGGCAGCCUCUGCCCUGCUCAGACCUGCACCCCACGGGGCUCCCACCGUGAGGAUGGACAGACCUGCCAGCACCACCUGCAGCGAGCUUUGGGCCCCUCCUGCCUUCAUCCCUGUCCAGACCCCUCUGCAGGAGAGGUCGUGGCCCCAGAGGCCUGGUGAGAUGGAAGCAAUGGUGCAGGCUCUCCUGGCUGCUCGUGGACAGCUCUUCCCAGCAGGGAUGGAGGGGUUGUGUGUGUGGAUGGCACUCCACUCACUCAGUGGGUUUUGGUGUUGGUCAUUCUGCUCCUUCCCUCUGUGCUCAGUGCAGGGGCAGCACUUGGUCUCUUGCCCAGGCUGCCAGAGGGAGACAUUGCUUCGUGCCAGCACUAACAUGAGGUGGUGAUCUGCCCAUGCAGACUCUUGCCCACUUUCUGCCAUCCCUGAGCAGGAUCCUCCUGGCUCUGCAGCAGCCCCCUUCUAACCAGGUGGCUCUGGGUCCUGUUUUCCUGACCUGUCUAUUUCUCUUUCAGGUAUGACCUCCCUUAUCUAACACCUCCUGUGAGCCAGAGGCUUUUCCUAACCAGCUACCUGGCUGCUUUCCUCCCCCUCUCUCCCUGCCAUGCUCCCUGUGCUGCAGCAGACCUCACACAGACUCCCUCAGAGCUGGUGGUGCAGGAUGCUUGCCAGCUCCAGAAGAUCUCAGGGGAACAUAGGUCAUGCAGGAGUGGGACUGUGGGCUCCCCAGGAGGCUGCUUUGGUCACUGGCCACAGUGUCCAAGCCUGGGUGGGAUGGUUGAGAAGAAAGAACUGAAGCCAUGAAAACUGCCAGUCUCCCCUGGCACGCAGGGGCUGCUGCCUUUCCCUGUAGCCCUCAGGGGAUGCAGAGCUUAGCAUCCCACUCUUCAUCUGUGCCCACGAGCCUCCAGGUCUAUGGGUACCAAAACACUCCUGGAGCCACACAGUUUUUAAAAUAACUCUUUAUAACAGUGACCAGCUGCCAGCCUUAUGUCUGAACUCUGCCACCCCAGGCUCUGCAGCCAGCCAGGCACAUACCACCAGGAGAGAGUCUGUGAGGUUUAUGGAGUAGGGAUUGAGUCCAUGUUAGAGCUUCAGCCCAGCUAGUAGCCUUAUAUUGAGAGGGUCUUUAUAACAGAGCCUUAUUGUUUAAUUUGCAUAUAUUUCUAUAUAUUAUAUAUAUAUAUACUGUACUUAAAUACUCUCAUGGACUCACUCUAUUAAACUCUAAUACCUUAAGUGUAGCUGCCCUUCACUUUCAGACCAGCCCAGGGGAAGCAGCACCUUCCCUGUUGCUGGUGUUGCCUUGCAGGGCUGCUGUGAGGGAGCUCACUGAGGGCUGGACCCACAGCAGGUCCUUCACCCUGCCUGGUUUCCUGGGGAUCUGUGCCUUUGCUAUGGCAGAGUCCUGCACAGAGCCGGCUCCGUGCCUGGGGAGCCUCAGCCCCUGCAGGGGGGGUUUCUCCAGCCCUGAGGCCACCUUGGUGCGAUGCAAGUGCCUGGCAGCGUGGGUGGCAGCAGGACAGGCAGGGCACCUGCUGGCUGUCCCCAGGAGCAGCUGCCCCGCUGCUGUCCCAGCUCGGGGCUGGGCUGGGGCUGGAGGCCGUCCCUGGGAGCGGGGCAGAGCAGGGAGGCUCUCUGCCAGCUGCCAGGGCAGCCCGGGGGUGGUGGCUCCUGUGCCCAGGGGUCCCUCGGGCUGGCUGUCUUGGGCUGUGUUAUGUCGAGAGAGGCAGAGGCAGGUGCUGCAGGGUGACCCAGAGCCGGGGCUGCCAUGGCCCUGCUGCUCUGGAGCCACAGGCUGUGGGGAGGAGAGAGAGGCCUGAGCCCUCGGGGCAGGGCACCGGGGGGAAACACCCCGGUUAACGGGGCUUGCAAGGACAGAGCCAGGCUGCUGGUGCUGCCUGGGACGGGACACGGUGCUGAAGUGUCCGGGAGGUUGUGAGCAGGGCUGUGGCUUGGCUCUGGGCUGCUGGCAGGGGUGAGGAGCAGUGGCCGCGCCAGGGACAAGGCGGUGUGAGCCUUACAGCCAGGGCUGCUCAGCGUGUAGUGCUCCAGUGCCUGCUGGCAGCAGCGUGGGUGGCUGUCCUUGCUGUCCCCUCUGCCGGCCAGGUGAGUGGCAGGAGGGCAGUGUGGUGGCAUUAGGGUGGCUUUGGGCAUGCUGUGUCAGGCUGUGGGUGAGAGUGACCCCGGGCCAGCCUGUGAGACCCAGCUGGCCCCCUCUGCUCUCCCAGGGGCAGGGUGGGAGCAGCGUGGGGAGCAGCAGGGUGAGGCUUGGCCUGAGGGUGUGGUCAGGAGUAUCCAGCCUUGGGGGGCACUGGAGGAAGGAAAAGGGCAGGAUUCUGUGGGACCAGAGCUGCUGGCCCCAGUGGCAGGUGUGGGGAGCAGAGGUGGCCAGGUUGGGUCUUGGGCUGUGUUUGGGAGCCAGGAUGUGUGAGGGAGGGGAGCAGGCUGGCUAAUGCUCUGGUAACUAUGUACUCUGGUGCUGCUGUCCUCACUGCUUUGUGGCAUCUCUGCUCUGGAA